AAACAAACUCAUUAACCUGUCGCUUCAAUCAUUUUACGCUGUCACUGUAUGAUACUAUCGAUACAACGUAGGACUGUGCUGUCGAAGAAAGAUUCAAGAGAAGGCGAAACCAUGGACGAAUUGUCCACUGACGAAACACAAUUUGUGGUGGACGAAGUUAGCACUAUAAUUAAAGAAGCAAUAGAAAAUUCGAUUGGAGGAAAUGCAUAUCAGCACAACAAAGUAAAUCAAUGGACAUCAUCUGUUGUUGAGGCAUGUUUAGGAGCAUUGACGAAACUACAAAAACCAUUUAAAUAUAUUGUGACUUGUACAAUAAUGCAGAAGAAUGGGGCAGGACUUCACACUGCUAGCUCUUGUUUCUGGGAUAACAGUACAGAUGGCAGUUGCACAGUUCGCUGGGAGAACAAGACCAUGUAUUGCAUUGUGUCUGUGUUUGGCUUAGCCAUUUGAACCUGCACAUUUUUCUGUACAGUGUAACAUCUUUCCAUUGCACUUAUUAGCUACUAAGAUGCUGCUUUUGGCAUGGUUUGAGCUGCUGUUACUAAACAAAACUCUUGUUAUAUUUCUGCAAGUACAUCAGAUGCCUUUCAGUUUAAAGUCUGCAAUUAUAACUCUGUAUGCAUGUGAUAAAUUUGUGUUAUGUUAUGUAAAUAAAAAUCUGUCUCAAUUUGAGAUGUUCGUCUAAACA